UUUGUGCAUAUUACUUACAUACAUAAAUUAAAAUUUCAUAGGGGAAGAAUUUAUAGUCCAUAAUUUUUAAUAAGAGAAAUGAUACACAAAUAUGACAAUCAACAGAGGAGGAGGAGCCACUGAGUGCUGCAUGUGUGGAGAUUAUGGUUUAUCUUCUGAGCUUUUCAAAUGCAAAAUUUGCCAAUUUAGAUCUCAACACAGCUAUUGUAGCAAUCUGUAUCCAAAAGCUGAGUCUUAUAGAAUUUGCAAUUGGUGCUUGAGUCCAAAAGAUGUUUCUGGAGAAAAAACACAAAAUUCUUCAAAUUCAUCAUCAUCGUGUAGAAAUACUACAAGUGAUCAUAAUAUUGAAGAUGGUCCAAAGUUGAAGAAAAAAUUGAUCAUUAGAAAUGGAAAUAAUGAUAUUAUUGGAAGAACAAGUCCAAAGGAGAAAGUAAAGGGUUCUAAUUGUAAUUUGAAGGUUCAAGUUAUCAAGAAAAAUCCCAUCAAAUUACAAAAGUCUCCCUUAUUGGCUGCUAGAAAAAGGGUAACAAUUGAUGAUGUGAAUAUUGAGGAAAACAAAAGGAGGACAAAAUCAGAGGAAAUGUCAAAUAGAGGGAUUACAAGAAAGGUACUUAAAAAUAGGGUAAGGAGAUAUAAGCUCUUGGAUGAAGUCUCAAGCUAAUAAAUUCGUAGAUUUUUUUUUUUUUUUGGUGUGUGGUAAUUUUGGUGGUUCUGAAAUUUCACACACACAAAUUUAUGUAGGGAAAAAAAAUGGGGUUGAUUUAUUGUAACCCUUUGAUUAUAUGUGAUUGAGACAUUUACAAUGUAAAAAUAGAGUUAGUGAAGUACUCUUGUCAA